UGCAGCUCGGUCCUGUGCGUGUCCUGCUGUGUGUGACUGCUGGCACACACUCCUAUACUCUGCCUUCAUGAGCUGUGAGGUGGUGGUGUUGUACUUUGCCAAGAGUUGUGAGCUGGCAGGUGCCCGUUCGGAGAACAUAAUUGUGCCUCAGCAAAUUACCUCUAGACAGCUCUGGGAGAAGAUAGCUGAUCUCCAUCCCAGGCUCCACGUCCUAGAAGAUAACAUCGUCUUCGCUGUCUGUCAGGAAUAUGUUCCCAUUGGUGAUGAAGUCCUAACGCUACAUCCUGGAGACGAGGUUGCAGUCAUCCCGCCCAUUAGUGGUGGAUAA